AUGACUACACUAAGAUCCUUCCAAGCUGAGAUUGAGGGAAUCUCUCACGAGAAGCACCGGAUAGCUACUGAGGAGGCGAAGCGGGCUCAUCUGGCGGCGGAGCUGGCGAAGCAUCACGGCAAGUUGCCGCCCAAGAAGGAGGCGGUGGCGGAGGUGCAUGAGCAGGAGAAUGUAGCGGAGUCGGAGGAGGUGGAGCGGACAUUGGAGGAGCUCAUCACGGACGACGGCGACACUGACGAGCUCCGAUCACGCUUGGCUUCGUCCAUAUUACGGAGCCAUGGCGAGCUUGUCAUUCCCCUCGGCGCACAUCCUAGUCCUGCAUCAUUAUACAGCCCAGCUGUCCCACCCGUUCCUAUCGAGACCGUCGGUAAAGCCUUAUCUACCGCCCAGCUCGCCUCCGCCAUCGAGAGAUUACGGGCAGCCAGCACCGCGCUGAACGCCGAGCUGAAUGAGCUGUACCGCGCCGAUUCUGGGGCCGGGCCUUACGGGUGCUGGAUGGUCCGUCUGACCCCUCGGGGCGUGGAGGAGAUCAUGGAGGUCCGGGUGGCGGUUGUUGGGAAUGUGGAUGCGGGCAAGUCCACCACGUUAGGCGUGUUGACAAGGGGAGGACUGGAUGAUGGGAGGGGGAAAGCGCGGGUGGCGCUGUUCAGACAUCCGCAUGAGAUUGAGACGGGACGGACUAGUUCAGUCGGAGGGGAGAUCCUGGGCUUUUCGCCAAAAGGGGAGGCGGUCAUACCGACUGGACACGCGGCGGAGGCUAUGGGCGAUGGGCACCUGGCAUCGGCAAAGAGGGAGAAGAUGGGAUGGGAGGAGAUCUGCAAGCGAGCCGCAAAGGUGAUCAGCUUCAUCGACCUUGCGGGACAUGAGCGAUACUUCAAGACCACCUUGUAUGGCCUUAGCGGAUGCGCACCCGACUACGUCAUGCUUAUGGUGGGCGGGAACGCUGGGCUGAUAGGGAUGUCGAAGGAGCACCUUGGUGUUGCCUUGGCGCUGAAUGUGCCAAUAGCGGUCUGCGUAACAAAAAUCGACAUGACCCCGCCCAAGAUCCUCGAGCAGACCGUCACCAUGCUCACCAAAGUUCUGAAGAGCCCUGGCUGCCGAAGAAUACCAGUCUUCGUCGACACCGCUCAGCAGGCGGUCGACUGCUCCCGGUACUUUGGCAAGCCAUUAGGGGGAGGUUCCGCCCGAUUAUGCCCCAUCUUUAUGGUCUCCAAUGUCUCAGGCCAUAAUCUUCCCACAUUAAGAACCUUCCUCAACUGCCUGCCAUCAUCGCAAUCGGACGAGAAGUACGUCGUGGACGCCCCAUUCGAGUUCCAGAUUAGCGAUGUCUUCUCGGUGCCCUUCGUGGGGACGGUAGUCAGCGGUGUGAUCACAGCUGGAUCCAUACAUGCCAAUGACGCCGUCUUGCUCGGUCCAGACUCCGUCGGCCAAUUUAUGCCCACCGCGGUCAAGACGAUACAGCGUAAACGAGCCCCGGUCAAUAGUGCUGAGGCGGGUCAAAGCGUGUCCUUCGCUUUGAAACGAAUCAGACGGACGCAAGUAAGAAAAGGCAUGGUCUUGGUAGGCAAGACCGACAUCCCGCCCAAGGUCGUCAGGCGGUUCGAGUGCCAGGUCAUGGUGCUGCACCACGCCAGCACCAUCCAGCCAAAGUACCAGGCCAUGAUGCACUGCGGGGCGAUUCGCCAAACAGUCAAGAUCCUCUCCCUGGACCACCCAUCGGGCUUGAUACGGACCGGCGACCGAGCCAAAGUGGUAUUCGAGUUCGUCAGCCACACGGAGUAUGUCAAACCGGGUGCUUUGGUUCUGCUGAGGGAGGCGAAGACAAAGGUAUUGGGGGUGAUUACCCAGGUUCUGGCUUGA